GUGUCUGUGAAGUUGGUCUGCAGCUGAUACACACACAGCAGCUUCAAGGGGAAGUUCUGCUGCCUGAACUCACCUGCUGACCAUCAGACACUCUGACCUCUGACCCCUGAAGGAGCCAUGACUCAUCAGCUGAACUCUGUGGGUCCCGGCGAGGCCCUCGGUCUGUCUGCAUCUCUGUCUCCUCCUCCCCCACGUUGCCAUGGUGAUGAAGAAGAGGAGGAUCUGAACAAAGCGUUUGAUGUUCAGAGUUUUCAGCAGAUCCUUCAUCCUUCAGCUCGCAGUCCACCGGAAACACACAGAGUCUACGAUGAGCAGGACUUUGAAGAUCAUCGUCACUCUUCUCUGCACGUCCAUCAUCCUCUGUCCAAACCGCCCGCCGACAGCAGGAGGAAGAGGACCAAUGAGGGGUGGAAGGAGGGGAGGAGAGGCUCCGCCCCCAGUGCUGCGACCACCAUAGAAGAAAACCAAGAGGAGGAGGAGGGAGAGGAAGAGUCCUACAGUCGGACUGAUGGAGAGGAGAGCUGGGCGACCAUGCCCCCCAGUGACCUGCCCACCGGUUCAACCAAUCACAACGGCCCCUCACCUGGUUGCAUCAUGAUGCGUGUUGCCGCUGACGAAGCUGACGAGGCUGAAACCCUGACGUCCGUGGACCUGGACGGGAUCAAGAGCCACCGAUUGGACGACGUUCCAGCAGUGCGGCGACACCUGGUGAGGCGCAGCCCCAGAGGGCCAAUCAUCCACGUCGGGAAAGAUCAGAUCAGCAGCCAGACUCAGUCACAGCUCCAACCAGACCGCACACCUCAUGAGGUGUUUGUGGAGCUGAACGAGCUGGUGAUUGACAGGAACCAGGAGCUGCAGUGGAGGGAAACCGCUCGAUGGAUCAAGUUUGAGGAGGAGGUGGAGGAGGAGACGGAUCGCUGGGGGAGACCACACAUCGCCUCCCUCUCCUUCCGCUCCCUGCUGGAGCUCAGGAAAACUGUCUCCCAUGGUGCAGUGCUCCUUGAUCUAAAACAGAGGACUCUGCCCGGCAUCGCCCAGCAGGUGGUGGAGCAGAUGGUGAUUUCAGAUCAGAUUAAAGCUGAAGAUCGAGCGAAUGUCCUGAAAGCUCUGCUGCUCCGACACAGUCAUCCCAGUGAUGAGAAAGAUCACAGCCUGUUCAGCAGGAACAUCUCUGCAGCCAACAUGGCCGGACUGUUGGAAAGACACAACGGCCAAUCAGAGCCCUCCAACAACCUAACCAAUCACAGAGAGGCUGAAGCAGAGAAGAACAAGAGAGAAGCCCCGCCCCUCUGUCACUCCAGAUCCAGACAUGAAGUGAAGCUGAUGGAGAAGAUCCCAGAGAGAGCUGAGGCCACUGUCGUUCUCGUAGGCAGCGUGGGCUUCCUGGACCAGCCCUCCUUGGCAUUUGUGCGUCUGCAGGAGGCGGUCCUGCUGGAGUCUGUCCUGGAGGUCCCAGUUCCUGUGAGGUUCCUCUUCCUCCUGCUGGGCCCACCCACCACCAACAUCGACUACCACCAGAUUGGGCGCUCCAUCUCCACGCUCAUGUCAGACAAGCACUUCCACGAGGCGGCGUACCAGGCUGACGACCGCCAGGACCUGCUGACAGCUAUCAACCGUUUCCUGGACUGCAGCGUUGUCCUCCCUCCCUCAGAGGUUGGCGGGGACGAGCUGCUGCACUCUGUCGCUCGCUUCCAACGGGAAAUGCUGCGAAAGAGGGAGGAGGAGCAAAGUGGCAAACUACAGGAGAAACAGACCAGCAUUCAGCAGGAUGAAGACUCCCUGGUUCCCUCCAAACCAGGCGACGAGCCCCUGCGGCGGACAGGUCGUCUGUUCGGAGGACUGAUCAAAGACAUGACUCGACGCUACCCUCAGUACCUCAGUGACAUCCGAGAUGCUCUGAACCCUCAGUGCAUGGCCGCCAUCAUCUUUAUCUACUUUGCUGCACUGUCACCUGCAAUCACCUUCGGUGGGCUGCUGGGUGAGAAAACGGAGGGUCUGAUCGGUGUGUCGGAGCUGAUUGUUGCCACAGCAAUGCAGGGCAUUGUUUUCAGUGUCCUGGGCGCUCAGCCUCUGCUGGUGAUCGGCUUCUCUGGACCGCUGCUGGUGUUUGAAGAGGCCUUCUACACUUUUUGUAGAGACAAUGGGAUCGAGUAUCUGACGGGCCGGGUGUGGAUCGGUUUCUGGUUAGUGCUCAUCGUCCUCCUUACUGUGGCCUUUGAGGGGAGCAUCCUAGUUCGUUUCGUCUCCCGCUUCACUCAGGAGAUUUUCUCCUUCCUCAUUUCCCUUAUUUUCAUCUACGAGACUUUUGCCAAACUGGUCAAGAUCUUUCAGGAGCAUCCUCUCCAAAACUGUUACCAUGGAAACAACACAGCAUCUCUGCCUCUCUGCAACAGCUCCAUGGUCACUGGGAAUCCUGGGAAGGUUGUUGGAGAGCCCAACACUGCCCUGCUUUCAUUAGUGCUCAUGGCGGGAACGUAUUUCAUUGCUUUCUACCUGCGCAAGUUCAAGAACAGCUCCUUCUUCCCCGGCAGGCUCCGUAGGAUCAUUGGAGACUUUGGGGUCCCGAUUGCAAUCCUCAUCAUGGUGUUGGUGGACUACAGUGUGGAGGACACCUACACCCAGAAACUGAACGUUCCCAGCGGAUUCUCGGUUUCCAGUCCAGAGAAGCGUGGUUGGCUGAUUUCUCCUCUGGGGUCAGACGGGCAGUUUCCUGUUUGGAUGAUGGGUGCCAGCAUCCUGCCGGCCAUCCUCGUCUUCAUCCUCAUCUUCAUGGAGUCCCAGAUCACAGCGUUGAUUGUCAGUAAGAAGGAGAGGAUGCUGGUGAAGGGAACUGGUUUUCACCUGGACCUCCUCAUCAUUGUGGUGGUGGGUGGAGUCUCAGCUCUGUUUGGUUUACCUUGGCUAUCAGCCGCGACAGUUCGGUCCGUCACUCACACCAACGCCCUCACCGUCAUGAGCAAAGCUGUCGCCCCUGGAGACAAGCCCCGCAUCCAGGAGGUGAAGGAGCAGAGGGUGACGGGCUUCCUGGUGGCGGUUUUAGUGGGUCUGUCCAUUGUGAUCGGGGAGGUUCUGCGUCAGAUCCCUCUGGCGGUGCUUUUCGGGAUCUUCCUCUACAUGGGGGUGAUGUCCUUGAAUGGGAUCCAGCUCACUGAGAGGCUCAUCCUGCUGCUGAUGCCCCCAAAGUACCACCCUGAUCAGAACUAUGUCCGCAAGGUGCGGACGUUAAGGAUGCACCUGUUCACUCUUGUCCAGCUGACCUGUUUGUCUCUCCUGUGGGUCGUGAUGGCGACAGCGGCGGCGCUGGCGUUCCCCUUUGUGUUGCUGCUGACGAUACCUGUGAGGAUGCUGCUGCUGCCCCACCUCUUCACCCGCAGAGAGCUACAGAGUCUGGAUGCUGAUGAUGUGGAGCCUCACCUGGAGGAGAAGGAGGGGCAAGACGAGUACUCACAGCUGCAGAUGCCCGUGUGACCUGGCGGCAGCGUGGUGAUUGGUUGAUGUGGCCUGAUGGGCUGAACCUGUCCUCUUCCUUCAUUAGCACGUGUGACAUGUAUCCUGUAGCCGAGCUGUGCACACGGACUGUACGCUCUGAAUCAUAUAACCUGUUUUCUGCUUUGGGGAGUGAGUUUGUUUCUGUGUGACUCUGAGAAGCUGCUGAACAAACUGAAAGCUGAACUCUGUUCAACAUCACUAACUGAAAAACGUCUUUUCUGUAUGUUUCUCUGUCCACCAUUAAAAUGCACAUCGUCCUGUUUAAAACUCACGCUGCAGAUUUAUUUUCUACAUGAGAAGUUUCCUCGUGUCUCGUCGUACACUCGUGAAAGAAUUUCAGAAAUUUCCUAAAAUCCUUAUUUUUUUAAUGUAGCACUGAACAGAAGCCAGGUGGUAAAUGAUGAUGGAGGUACACGCCCAGGUAAAAGAAAUGGAAUUAUUCUUUUCUUUCUUCUGUCCUUCAAAAUGUUUCCACUCUUUUUUCUAACACACAACUUUCACCAUCAUUUCCAGUGGAGAGCAGCUUUGACCUCUCACCUCAGGGCACCCCAGGUGUUUCAGCACACUGUGGCAUCACUGGUGGGUGUGGCUACAGGUGGACACCGGAGUAACUGACAGCAGGUCCAUGCUGAACGAGUUUCCUUUUAGCUUUGACAUAAAUUAUACGUUUACUGCAACUACUACAACUGCUGUGAUCACAUCUGAUCGUGCUACUACUACCUGUCUGCCUACCUGUCUGCCUACCUGUCUGCCUCUCUGUCUCUCUCUCUAAGCUAAGUCACAUCUCCAAAUCUGUACACCCCCCUCCCCCCCUCCCCACCUGACUCGCCUGGUCGUCAUGGUGACCUCCCCUCCCCUUUAUAAA